AUGACCACUAACUCGAAUGAUCCGUCCGGCUCUUUUCACUCAGGUGACCUCUUCGUUCCUCACCCGACUUUGGACUGGGCCUGGAAGUAUAUUGCCCGUGCUGACGACAGAGUAACUCUUCUGAGUGGAGAAAAUAUUCUUCCCCUGGGAAUAGAGGGUACCGUUCGCGAAAGUCCGCUUGUGCGAGACACCUUAAUGGUCGGCAAUGAUCGCCUUGUACCUGGCCUCCUAGUAUUUCGCUCCACAGCUGCAGCUGGUCUAUCGGACAAUGAGUUCAUCGAGUCUAUUCGACCUUACGUAGACAAGGCUAAUAAUUUCGCUGACGAAUUUGCCAGUAUCACUCCCGAUAUUGAAUACCUUGCGACUGACAAAAGGAACAUAAUCCGCGCUGCCGCACACGCUCGUUUUGAUAAACUAAAUGAGGAUCUUUACUCAGGAGACAAGAACACCACUAGUGGAAAGGGUUCGGGCAUCGAAGUUCCAAAUAUCGAAGCGGACCUGUUUACCUCUGGAGUAGAUAGUCUACGCGCCGCUCAGAUACGCAGGUUAUUACAGCGAGAUCUCGACCUUGGCGGACAUUCGCUACGCGCCAAUAUCGUCUACGAUGCUGGAUCCGUGUCUGGGCUCGCUCGGCUACUAUAUUCCAUGCGCACGGGUGAGAAACUUGGGAAUCAGCAUGCGGAUGAUAAAAAUGAAAUAGUACUGCACCAGCUCCUCUCGGACCCCAAGGUCAACCGCGUCAUCUGCCUAGUCCGGGGCACCGAUCCGUUAGCUCGCAUCGACGCGUGCCUGAAGACCCGGAACCUCGACGUGCAAGUGCACCGCAACAAGAAGCUAUCAGCUCUCACGACGAACAACCUAGGCGCCCCGAACCUCGGCCUCGCGCCGGAGAUCUACUCGGACUUGCAGCGCUCCGCCACCCUGAUCAUCCACGCGGCGUGGCCCGUGAACUUCAACGUGUCCCUCGCAAGCAUGAUCCCCCACAUAGCCGGCCUGCAUAACCUCUUAGACCUGUCGCUUAGGGUCCCAUUGAGCCGCCGCCGCCCCGCCCGUCUCCUCUUCGCCAGCAGCAUUUCCACCGCGUCCCGCACGCUCACGCCCGCCACCGUUCCCGAAGGGCCCCUCUCGUUUCUCGGCUCCGCGGCGCGGACGGGAUACACGCGCUCGAAGCUCGUAGGCGAGCGCAUCUGCGCCGCCGCCGCGGCAGCAGCAGCGUCCGGUGGUGGUGGUGGUGCGGUCGGCGUCUUGCGUAUCGGCCAGAUCGCAGCGGAUGCCGCGCAUGGGAUCUGGAACGGCAAGGAGGCGAUCCCGAUGCUGGUCCGGAGCGCGACGGAGGUCGACGCGCUGCUGCCUCGGCUCGAGGGGGACCACGAUGUCUGCGAGUGGAUGAUGCCGGUGGACGCCGUGGCUCGCACGUGUCUGGAACUCGCCGAGAAGCUCGACGCGGACGCGGGAGCAAGCCAAGCGUCGUUCUACAACGUCAAGCCGCCGCGCGCGUUCUCCUGGAACGACGAUUUCCUACCGGCGCUGCGGAGCGCAGGCUUGCGGUUCGACACCGUCGGCCUCGGAGAAUGGCUGGCGAAGGUGCGCUCCCGAGCCGCGGAUCUGGGGCCCGCCGCCGAAGUGAAGCUGCCCGCGGUAAAGCUCGCCGACUACUACGAGGAUACGUACAGCGGCUUAGGUAUUGGGUUAGGUCCCGGGUUGAAGUUUGACAUCCAGAAGGCUUGCUGUGAUAGUGGUGCUCUUCGUCUAUGCCCUACCGUGUUAGAGGCGAACCUCGUGCCGAAGAUGUUGAGGCAUUGGUUGGGUGACACUACUACGAAUAGACAACAGUAG